AUGAAUAUUAAUUUUAAAGAAGAUCUUAAAACUACAUUAACAAAUUGUGAAGAUCCAUUUCGAGCUAUAAAAGAUAUUCAAGAUGAAAAUGGAAUUGCUCUAGCACAAAUAAGACCUGCAUUACCAUUACUUGAUUUACUUGGAGUUAAACGAUUAGAUUUUCAUCUUGCUGUUCUUGAUGAUAUGAAAGAUAGAUUAAUUAAAAGAAUACAAGAAUUAGCACAACAUGAUGAUAAACAACAAUUAGAAAUUUUAUUAGAAAAAAGUUUUGCUGUUAUUAAUUUAACACAUGUUACACCAAUUGUGAUGGAAAUUGUUAAAUAUAUGCCAAGAAUACCAGAUAAAUAUGUCAAAUAUAUCACUGAACACGAACAAAUAUAUUCUCGUGCUCCUAUUGAAUUAAAACGUUUAAUAUGGACAGAUAAUCAUACAUUAUUUCAAAAAGAACUUCAACCAAUAAUUGCUCAAUAUUUAACUAAUGUUGAAGAACAAUUAUUACAAUGUGAUCAUAAUUAUUUUCUUCAAUUACCUAAACAACGUCGACAAACUUCACCAACAAUACAAUCACUUGUACAUAUGAUUGGAACAAAUAUAAAACUAUAUGAUAUUGUACGAACAAGUUUACAAAAAUUAUUUCAACGAACUAAAAUAGCUCAUUAUUCAUCAUUACGUUUAUUAUUAUUAAUGGCAUUUCAUGAUUUAGAAAAUAAUAGUGUUUCUAAAUCAGAUUCCAUACAUAUUUUUGUUUGGACACUUGAUGCAGCAUUAAAAGAAAGAAAAUUAGAUGUUAAAAAACAACGUGAAAUCGAACAAUUUUUAGAUGCACAUGCAAGAGAUACAGAUAUUAUUAAUAAACAUAUACCAUUUGUACUUGCUGAUCCAAAUAUUAUUUCAAUAUUAGCUAAAUCAUGUGUACUUCUACUACAUAAACAGGUUAAAUGA